UCUUAUACGAGUAGGUACAGUUCAUACAACUGUUUCAGUCUGUCUCGAAACGUUACGCAUUUACGUUUCGCCGACUUUCGCUAACGGUCGCCAGGCAUAUUGCACACUUAAACAUAAAAUGGCAAGUUCAUUGAGUCCUCUUCAAAUUUCGCAACUAAGAGAUUCAUGGUCAGUGCUUGCACAGAACCCGACCCAAUUGGCGUCAGCAUUAGUCAUCAGGUUAUUCAAAGAAAAUCCUGAGUAUCAAUCAUUAUUCAAACGGCUUAAGAACUUGCCGAUGGAUGAACUUGCGUCUAAUCCCCAGUUUAUGUCACAUGCAUCGAAAGUAGGUGCUGCACUAGGGUCGACUAUUGAUCACCUUGAUAAACCUGAAGAAUUAGAAAAAAUACUUACAAAUCUUGGCAUUAAACAUAAAAAAUAUGGGCUUACACCGAAACAUUUUCAGGUUAUUGGUAACGUGUUGGUUGCUAUGAUAGCAGAAGCAAUCGGUGAUACUGAUCCAGAAUUAUUAGAUUUGUGGAAGUCCAGUUUAACUUCAGUACUAAGUAUUGUGAUUGCAGCAUGCAAUUAAAUUCGUGACAAUAUUUUAGUGAUGGUAUCGUUACUACUCAAUUUAUUAAUUGUUACUAUAUAUGUCAUUUGAUGGAUGAUGAGUGUUAUUACUUUUCGUAAUAAUGUUAUUCGUGUAUUUUUGUCGAGGGUUGUUAAUUUUUAUGGUCUCAUACUAAUAUACUAUAUACUAUAUACUAUGUACUAUAUAUUGUUCAAAUAAAUUAAUAAUACAUGUCAUGUUCUUAAUUUAACGAAACUCUUAUAACACUCGUUCAGUUGAUUGAUACAAUUAUUAUUAUU